UAUUGGAGAAGCAGUUUUGGCCUAUCUUCAUACUGUACUGUCUUUGUUGUAGCGGUAGCCUGUGGUCCACUGUCCUAAACCAGGAACAACAGUCGCGCAAGUUAUUGCGAGAUGGCUCAGCAAUUGUUAUUAAAAUUAAUUUGCGAUCAUCAGGGAACAUUGGACUAUGCACAUCUGGCAGAUGUUGGGGUUGGAGCAGAUAUUAUCUGCGCUCUUGAUAAACUUGUUGAAAACGAUUUAUUUUCUAUAGCGCUGUGCAAUGGAAACAAACGCAUUAUUGCGAAAACGAAAGUUAGACGCUGCAAAGCGCAGCAAUGUGAUGGCUGCAAUGAUUUACACUUAUGUAAAUUUUAUCUAUUUGGGGACUGCAAGAAUAGUAGGGGAAGACGGACAUGCCGCUUUGGCCAUGACCUUCACUCCGAACACAACUCCAUAAUUUUGAGAGAGCAUAAACUUGAGACGCUGAGUAGACAGGAACUCCGGCAGCUAUUAUUACAGAAUGACAACUCUCUCCUUCCACCGGUGUGCUACUCUUAUAACAAAGGCACCGGGCAAUAUGGCAACUGCCCUGAUCAGGAGGGGUGCAGGAGACUUCACGUGUGUGACAGGUACAUCAGAGGAACCUGUUCCUCGGGAGCCAACUGCAACAGGUGUCAUGACUUCUUCGAGCCACACCCACGGAGGACCCUGCAGCAGAGGGGAGUGCCAAACGAUCUAAUGGCAUCCAUGUUGUCCACCUACCAGAACAUCCAGGCCAUGAAAAGUGAAGGUGCCGGCGGUGCUGCUUCCAUCAACAGGCCCCAGAGCUGUCCUCAGAGAAAUACAGUGAGGAAUGAGAUCUGCCUGUUCUUUGUCAAGGGGGACUGCAAACAAGGAGAGAAAUGCUGGAGAGUCCACUUCAAAAUGCCCUACAAGUGGGAAGUGAACGAUGGACAGACUUGGUCAGCUCUGCCAGCAAACGAAGAAAUCGAGAGAGACUUCUGUGACCCUUCUAAGAUACACAGUGAGGGAUCUGAGCGUGUGCGUUUCGACUCCAUGAGCCACGGGUUACAGGAAGUUCGCCGUCUCUCCACAGUUUCCUCUGUGACCCAGCCCACAUAUGUACUCACCACAGAGUGGGUGUGGUUCUGGGAAGACGAGUACGGCAAAUGGGUCCAGUACGCAUCCAUCAAAGAGAUGCACAGAUUGUCGUCCAUCACCAGUGAAGACCUCGAGAAAAGGUUCCAGGAGGAUCAAAGUGCUGUGGUGAAGUUCACCGCAGGCCAGCAGUCUUAUGAGCUGAGUUUCAGAGACAUGACACAAAAAAACAAAGCAUAUGGUACUGUAAGGAUGGUCAGACGACGUCCAGUCUUUGUUUCAACUGUGGACGCACAAGCUGCAAGGAGCAGGAGAAAUGGACCACGCAAUUUCAGAGCUGUUCCUGGAUCUUGGGACAAGUCUGCGAUACCUGACAUUGGAUACAAGACAGUCACUCUUCUGAAUUCUGACAGGGACUAUCAAAAGGUCCAGGGACUUUUCAACAACACCAUGAGGGGCUUCCAAAUCACCAGCAUCGAGAGGGUCCAAAACAGGGACCUCUGGGAAGUCUUCCAGUGGAAGAGAGAUUUAAUGAAGAAAAACAAUGGAGGUCAAAACAGCAAGGAGCUACAUCUCUUCCACGGAACGGACCCAAAACACGUAGAGGCCAUUUGCAGAGAUAACUUCGACUGGAGGCUGUGUGGAACCAACGGAACUGUGUACGGCGAAGGGAGUUACUUUGCCAGGGAUGCCAAGUACUCACACAGCUACACCAGCCACUCAGGAGUGAGGUCCAUGUUUGCUUGUCAGGUGCUUGUUGGCGACUACACACGGGGGAACUCGGGGCUCCGUCGCCCCCCUCCAAAAGGCGAGGGAAGCCCCACUCUCUAUGACAGCUGUGUGGACAAUGUCCUGAACCCAUCCAUAUAUGUGGUGUUUGAAAGGCACCAGGUUUACCCAGAGUUCCUCAUCAAAUAUGAUGAUAGCGUCAUGCAGUGGUCCACAUCGGCUCCGGCUCCAGCUCCAGCUCCACCCAAAACUGUCUCUAUCCAAUCCACUUCGUUAACCCCAAAAUCCAACCGGAUUCAAGCCACAGCUGCUGCUAUCCCAUCGAAGAGAGUUCCAUCCACUUUGAAUCCAUCUAAAACUGCAGCCACCACUUCCUCAAAUCCAACCCAUUCUCGUCCCACUUCACGUUUUUUCCAUCAGUCGCUCCCAAAACCUGCCCAAGCCCCAUUGAUAUUCAUUCAAUCUCCAGUCCUCAUAAAGCCAGCCACAAGUUCUCAAUUAGUGGAUAUCACCCGAGGCCCAGAUUUCACUUCCUCAUUUGCAAACCUCUCUCACACACUCACUACCCCAGCCAGUACACCCUCUCGUACACUCACUACCCCACCCAGUACACCCUCUCGUACACUCACUACCCCAGCCAGUACACCCUCUCGUACACUCACUACCCCAGCCAGUACACCCUCUCGUACGCCCACUACCCCAGCCAGUACACCCUCUCGUACGCCCACUACCCCAGCCAGUACACCCUCUCGUACGCUCACUACCCCUGCCAGUACACCCUCUCGUACACUCACUACCCCAGCCAGUACACCCUCUCGUACACUCACUACCCCAGCCAGUACACCCUCUCGUACGCUCCCUGCACCAGCCAGUACCCUCUCUUAUACGCUCCCUGCACCAGCCAGUACCCUCUUUUAUACACUCCCUGCACCAGCCAGUACCCUCUCUUAUACACUCCCUGCCCCAGCCAGUACCCUCUCUUAUACACUCCCUGCCCCAGCCAGUACCCUCUCUUAUACGCUCCCUGCCCCAGCCAGUACACCCUUUCCUACACUCACUACCCCAGCCAGUACCCUCUCUUAUACACUCCCUACCCCAGCCAGUACCCUCUCUUAUACACAUCCUACCCCAGCCAGUACCCUCUCUCCUACACUCACUACCCCAGCCAGUACCCUCUCUCCUACACUCACUACCCCAGCCAGUACCCUCUCUCCUACACUCACUACUCCAGCCAGUACAGCCUCUCGAAGACUGGCUCCCCAACCUCCCACCCCCUCUGCUACACUCACGCCCUCACCCAGUGCCCCCUCUCCUACACACACUACCCCAGCCAGUACCCCCUCUUAUACACACACUACCCCAGCCAGUACCCCCUCUUAUACACUCACUACCCCAGCCAGUACCCCCUCUUAUACACUCACUACCCCAGCCAGUACCCCCUCUUAUACACUCACUACCCCAGCCAGUACCCCCUCUUAUACACUCACUGCCCCAGCCAGUACAGCCUCUCGUAGACUCGCUCCCCAACCCCCCACCCUCUCUCCUACACUCACUCCCCCAGCCAGUACCCCCUCUCGCACACUUUCCCCUUUAACUGGCACCCUAUCUUGGGCUCACACCCGCUCAACAACCACUACUCGCACUCUCUCUGACAGUAGUUCUUCUUACCCACUAUCCCCUUCAUCCUCACUGAGCACACAUUAUCACACACUUUCUCACUCAUCCUACUCCCCCACUUACACACAAACUCCCUCACGCACUUCCCCCUCCACGUCAAGCAAUCCUUCUAGCACACUCUCCCCCUCAGAUAGGUUGCUAGGUGCCUUCACUAGAUCUCCUCCUGAAUCACUGUACAGUGUUCCAACAGCUCAUAGGAGGGACACCAAAGAAAAAAACAAGUGCCUUCUACAAUAACUUGCCUUUGUCAGGGUGGAGCAGUAAGUUAAUAGAAGGUUUUGAUGGCGAACUUCACAUUUUCUUAAACAGAACAUUUAUUGAAAUGAUAUACUAUAUAUGUUUUAUAGCUGUGUAUCUUUACCUUGUAGGGGCUUAAUAAUAGUAAAGCUGUUCACAACUAAGCAGACGUUGGUAAUUUUGCACAAAUAUGAAUUUGAUGAGCAUGUUUCCUUUACUCAGGUCUGCUGACACAGUCCAUACUGUGUCAGCAGUGAAACAGGUUUGAUUUCUCUGUUUUUAAACUGAAUAAACUCAGAAAAUAAUUGA